UUCAAUCGGGAUCGAGGUUCCCAUAAUUCGUAAACAAUAUGAUCAGAAAAACUUGAUUGUCUUGAAAAAAGGCUAUGGACGCAAUAUUUCACGAAGAACAGGAGGGAUCAUUAUGUGCUCAGCAUUGUUUAAAUGCAUUGCUACAAGGACAGUAUUUUAGUGCCGUUGACUUAGCAGAUAUUGCACGCCAACUUGAUGAAUCAGAGCGAUUACAAAUGGCAGAGGCUGGAACCCAGAGUAUAGAGUAUCAGAGGUUUAUACAGCAAGCUUCCUCCAACUUUGAUGACAGUGGAUUUUUCUCCAUACAAGUCAUAGUGAAAGCAUUACAAGUAUGGGGGCUAAAUGUAGUUCAGUUUAAUUCUCAGGAUACUAUUGCAAAAGAAGCUCGACAGAAUCCAGUGGCACAGAAUGCUUAUAUCUGCAAUUUCCGUGAUCAUUGGUUUUGCAUCAGAAAGAUUGGAAAACAGUGGUUUAAUCUGAAUUCUCUGCUAACGGGUCCUGAACUUAUCUCUGACACCUAUCUGUCUCUGUUCCUUACACAACUCCAACAAGAAGGAUACUCAAUAUUUAUUGUGACUGGUCGAUUACCAGAGUGUGAAGCAGAUGAUAUCCUUAGCUUGGCUCCAGCAGUACAACUCCUCAAACCGCGCCUAAUUAAUGAGAAUCAGUCCAUUAGUAAGUCAGACGCCCAUACAGAUGACCCCGAGUUACAGCGGGCUCUAAUGGAGAGUCGAUGCGAGGAUGAGAAGGAUGAUAAAAUGUUACAGAGGGCACUACAGAUGAGUCUAGAGGGCUAUAUAAUAGAAGAUGACAAUACUCCAGGACCAAGUGAAGAAAAGUUAGUAACUGUGUCCAAAGAUGUCAAACCUCCAUCACAAGAGGAGGUGAGACAGAAAAGACUAGCAUUUCUACAACGAUUAGAUCAGACAGCCAAUACUGAACAAAUAACUGAAGAUCCGAAAGAGACAGUCAGCACGGUUCAAGAAAAUCCAAAUCAGACUUCUGUAACAGAGCAACCCCAGCCUGUAGAAAAAGGUGAUUUAACAGAGGAAAAAUUGGCAGUGGAAGAAGAGGAAAUGCCAGAGGAGGAAAUGUUAAAACAGGCUAUAGCAAUGUCAAUGGAAGGUGGUCAAGGAUAG